UAUUUUUCUCUAAAUUAAAAUUUUGUUGAUUUGAUUAAACUACCGCUUCUAAUCGUGUUCCCCGAAAAGGAGUAUUGCACCUCAAAACCCCUGAGAGGCGGUAAAACCCUAAAAACAUGGCGGCGAUUCUCCGACGUGCCCAACCAUUUCUACACCAAAUUGCUCGGGGAAGUGCUGCGAAAAGUUUCAAGGAGCAGGGGUUUAUGUCCAAGGCUUACAUCUCUACCGCUACGCAGAGUUUGUCUACUGAUGGGAAAGCCUCGGGCGUAGUGUUUGCGGAUUAUAACAUUUACAAAGGGAAAGCUGCACUCUCUGCUUCUCCUAGGCUCCCGCAAUUCAGUAAAUUAGAAUCUGGAAGUCUCAAAGUUGAACGUCAAGGUACUAUCAUGUUGUCAUUUUCCCCCGCUAUUGGGGAACGCAAAUACGAUUGGGAAAAAAAGCAGCUCUUUGCUUUAUCACCCACGGAGAUCGGGUCACUGAUAAGUUUGGGUCCUGACGAAGCUUGUGAGUUUUUUCAUGAUCCUUCAAUGAAGACAAGCAAUGCUGGCCAAGUGAGGAAGACAUUACAAGUAAAACCGCAUGCAGAUGGUAGUGGUUAUUUCAUAUCUUUGAGUGUUGUGAACAAUGUCCAGAAAAUCAGCGAGCGAGUUACAGUGCCUGUUACUAAAGCUGAAUUUGCAGUGAUGCGUACAGCUUUCAGUUUUGCUUUACCUCACAUUAUGGGCUGGGACCGAUACAUCAAUCAGCCCCCUAAAAGCAUAGCUAAUGCACCGAUGGUGGAUCCCCGAGUUAAGAAUUUGGAAUGGGACAGAUGAUCUGCAGUUCAUAUAUAACAUCAAGUAUAUAUCUGUUUUCCGAAAUUUGUAGUGGUUUCACUUCUGUUUCCUGUGGUAAUGGUCAUCUGGUACUUGUUAGCCAGAACCACCACUCUAAAUCUUUAUUUUGAUCAGCUUUUAGUCUCUGAAUAUGUUGUUUGUCUAUGUUAUGCUAUAAUUAUCAAUGUAAAAUGCUUGUAAAAAAAGACCUUGCUUAAAACGAUUUUAAGUUUGGGUCA